AUAAACAUUAUUUGUUUGCAACCUGCAGCCUCAACUAUUGCACUACGUCCUAUUCCCAGAGCUAAAUCAAGGCACCGGGUUAUUGCUAACUGAUAACUUCUAGGACUCCCUUAGCUAGCUCCCUUUCAGUAUCUAUAUAUAGCUAUCUAUUUUCAUUCAUUUCAUUCACUCCAUCCCUUUAUUUCUUUUUUUCUUUCUUUCUAACUAGUUUUCAAUUAAUCACUGGCAACAUCGCUAUGUCUAGGGAAGGUAGUCGUGAUGAACCAUCACAGGAGAUGGUAAUACUUUGUAAGCUUAUUGCUGAAUCUCAAGGAGAAAUGCUGCAAAAACUUGCUGAAUCUCAAGGAGAUAUGCUGCAAAAACUUACUGAGUCUCAAGGAGACAUGCUGCAAAAACUUACUGAAUCUCAAGGAGACAUGCUGCAAAAACUUACCGAAUCUCAAGAACGCAGCCAGCUAAAACUAUUAGAGACAGUAACCACAAAUUUUAAUAAAGGACUAGAAAAAGUACUCAGUCGUCAUACUGGUGAUGAAGAGGAAAGCGAAGAUGAAUCUGUUGUCGAAGAAAAACCAAAAAAUGACGCUGAUAAGAAUAAUGACAAUAUUGUGGAUGAGUAUGAGGACCUAUACAACGCAGCAUAUGAAGGUGACUGGAGAAAGGCUCGUGACUUUCUGAAGCGUUUUCCAGAAGCGGUUGAAAAAACAAUUACAUUUGAUGAUGAAACAGCGUUGCAUAUAGCGAUAAAUAAUGAACGGUGGAGCUUUGCACAAGAGCUUGUGAAACUCAUGACCCCUGAAGCCUUGGAAAUAAAGGAUAGCGAUAAUUCCACAGCACUCCAUGGAGCUGCUUUAUAUGGAAAUGUAAAAGCUGCUGAGGCAAUUGUAAGAAAGAAUCCAAAACUUACACAGAUGCGGGAUGACAAUGAUUGGAUACCACUCCAAACUGCUAUUAUGUAUAUUUCAGCUGGACAGGCCGAGACUGUUAAGUAUCUUUACUCUGUAACUAAGCAUGAACACCCAAGUCCAUUCUCCGAUGGAUAUGGUGUUGAGCUGUUGUGCGGUGCAAUCGAAUACGGUUUCUACGAUUUGGCAUUAUCUCUUCUCAAACGGUUCCCGAAAUUGGUUACUAAGAAAACCGAAGGAACCAGAGGAAUUUGUGGAUUUCAGAAGCUUAUUGAUAGGCCGUUUGCAUUUAAAAGCGGGGCAAACUUUCCUUGGUGGGAACGCUUCAUCUAUUCAUUAAUUCAUGUGAACAUGUCUUCUCCAUACGAUAAGGACACUGAAGAAGUUGAUGAUAACUCUUUGAAAAAUUCUGAAGGCACCAAUGAUGAGAUCCCUUUAGAGAGUAAAGAUGGACAGGAAGGUGAUCUAGAGAAUCCAUCAGCGAUAACAAAAGUAACGACCGUAGACGAAUUAGAAGCCCCUAAAAAGGUCUUAGAUGCUCUUUCAGUUAAAGAAAAUGGUGUGACGAGAGCGGUGAAGAACUUCAUUUCGGACCACAUCAUUCGUUACUAUGCACGAGCCCCUCUUAUCAGUCGCCUAUAUGGCCAGAAGGUGAUGCACAAACGAGCCUUUAAUUUGGUUAAUUAUAUGGUAGAACAACUCAAAAAAGAAAAAUCCACUAACCAGGAUGAAGUGAUAGAUUUUCUAAAUGAUACUGCCAUUGUGACUACGGCAAUAGAAUAUGGGAUCACUGAGUUUGUAGCAAAGUGUCUGGAAAAAUUCCGUUUCCUGAUUUGGUCUAAAUUUGAUGGUGAAACAAUGAUACAAAUUGCGAUUAAACAACGGGAUGAAAAGAUUUUGAAUCUCAUAUUGGAAACUAGUGGAAACGAUAAAGAUGAUCUAGUUUCUAGAGAAGAUGACAAUUAUAACAGCAUCUUACAUUAUGCUGCAAAAUUAGCGCCUUCUGCUAAACUAAAUUUGGUAUCCGGUGCAGCUUUACAAAUGCAACGAGAGAUACAGUGGUUUAAGGGAAUUGAAAAUAUUGUACACCCACAGUAUAAGUACACGAGAAAUGGAGAUAAAGAAACAGCAAAGUCUGUAUUCACGGAGCAACAUAAGGAAUUAGUGGAGAAGGGAGAGAAGUGGAUGAAAGACACAUCCGGUUCGUGCAUGGUGGUUGCCACCCUUAUUGCUACCGUAGCGUUUGCAGCGGCGUUCACUGUCUCAGGAGGUAAUAUUAGUGAUACUGAUAGCCCUAUAAAUGGUGUCCCAAUUUUCUUAGCAAGAAGGACAUUUGCACUAUUUGCAGUAGCAGAUGCUGUAGCUUUAUUCUCGUCAAUUACAUCGGUUCUAAUGUUCUUAGCAAUCAUGACCUCUCGUUAUGCUGAAGAGGAUUUUUAUAAAUCUUUGCCACAAAAACUCAUAAUAGGGCUUGCAACUCUAUUCAUUUCUAUGGCCAGCAUAUUGAUAUCCUUUGGUGCAGCAUUUACCAUUGUUCUUAGGAAUAAAUAUAGUUGGGCUCCGUUUCCUGUGGCAUCAUUUGGUUUAGUUUCGGUACUCUUAUUUGCUUUCCUGGAGUUUCCUUUAUUUCUGGAAAUGGUAUAUUUUACGUAUUCUCCUAGAAUUUUCGGGAACAAGAACCAAUAUGUCGUUGCUAAUAAGAAAAAAACUACAAAAUUAGCAAAGGAGAUUGAAGCCAAGAAAGACGCUUGAUCAAGUUGUUUCCAAUUAAAACUAGGAGGAUUUCAUCAGUGAAUAAUAUUUUUGGAGUUGGACAGUGUUCGUUGCUGGUGAUUAGUUGUCUCUCUCUAAUUUAAUUGUUUUUUUGUAGGCGCAAUGUUGUGGGUAUUAUUGUCCUGUAAUUCUUUUGUACCCUUUAACUUUUUUUUCUUCUUCUUCUUUUAUGUAUGAAGUGGUUUGUUAUUUUCCUAUAAUAAAAGAAUUUGCCAUUUGCUUCCUUCAA